AUGGACACAGAACCCGACCACAGUGACCAUGCCGCCGGCAACAGCUCCCCCCACCGGCAACGACCACGACGCUCAGUCCGCAGUCAAAGCCGUCAACUAGACUCUGAACCAGAUCAUCACCGUGUAAAAUCAGAACCACAGAGCGACGACAAUAACGACGAGAAUGAUGCCGAAUCACAUUACGAGAGCGCCAUCGAUGACACCGAAUUCGAUUACGCUCAGCUAGACGGCAUUCCCCGUCGGCGCCACCAAGUCGAAUCAGCAGGCAGCGAAUAUGAACCUCCCUCAGAUGAAGAGCCCGAUCAACAAAAGAAGAGGGCAAGAUCACGCUCACGCUCAAAAUCCGUCACCACCCCGCGCCCGCCAAAACGUCCAUCAGACGACCUAUCCCUUCUGGCAGAACGCCCUCCAAAACGGCACAAAACCCCCUUCAAUCACUCCUACCUCGCUCUCCUAAACGCCGACAUCAUCGACGCUGCUUCUCGCUUUGUUCCCAACGGCACCGGCGAAAGCACCCAGUCACUGGCCUCUUCCCAAAUCGGUUUGACCAUCUGGACGCCCGCCGAAAAGGAACUCUUCUUUUCCGCCGUCUCCCGUCUCGGUCCUGACUCCGCUUCCGCCAUCGCUGCCCGAAUCCGCACCAAGAGCGAGCUGGAGGUUGCCGAGUAUCUUGAUGUCUUUCGUCAAACGAUCAAGACCAGGCAGGACCCGAAGCUUGCGACCCCCGCGACAUUGUUGCAGCCCGUGCCCCCCGCCGAGGUGCCAGCUGCUGUGGAGUUAAGUCAGCAGUGCUGUAAUGCGCUGGAGGCGGCGGCGGAUGCAGUUGCUACCAGGCAGGAGGCAUGGGAGGAGGCAGAGGAGAGGAGCAAGUGGGGCGAGAAUAAGUGGUUGAUUGGGAAGGAUAACGUGAAGGGAUUGGAGAUGGAGGCGAGAGCGCAUAGGGAGAAGCAGAGGGAGAGGAGGCGGAGGGAAGAGAAAGGGAAGGGGAAGGACGUGGAUAAAGGUGGGCAUGCUGAUGAAGAAGGGGAAGCGGUGGUCAAAACCAAGGAGGAUGUCGACGAAUUUGGCCAAAGGAAAUUGCCCGCUCUCGACCUGUUCCGAGUCCGAAAGAUGCUCGACCUCUCCGAGAACGUCUUCAUGAACUCCACUGUCGACGACUACAACUGGAGCAACAUGUCGGACGAACCGCCUGCCAUUCGCGCGACCGCCCUCGAGGACUUGCAUUCACUGGUAGUCUCGCUAACACGAAGGCUCGUGGCGGCAGUUCUUUACAUCAGCGAAUCACGCAUCAAAGCUAAACGCGCCGUUCACCCCCUAACACGAAACUUGGUCUGGAGACAUGAUGUCAAAGCCGCAGUCCUUUCCCUGGGACUAAAAAAGAACAGUCAUCAAUUCUGGGCCGGCGUAGCAAGGAGGCUACGACUAGAUGUCUACGGGGAUGAAGACUACGAUUACACGGAAGAACUGGAACGGAAAGAGGAAGACGGAAUUGACGUAGACAUGGAAAUGAUCCGCGACGAACCCGAACCAAUGUCCUACGCCCAAGUCGAAGAAGCCCUUGGCCUCGAACCCGAUAGCAACCGCUACAGCCAUCCAGACUCCGACAACGAAGACGAACCAGAAGACGAUAAUCCCCAAAGCGAAGCUGAAUCCCUAGCCUCCCUCUCCUCCACGCCCUCCCUCGACGACCACGACAACCUCGAGCAUGUCCAAAACCCCGACGAACCCACUCAAAGCGGCGAACCAGACCCAAUCGCUCCAUCAAGCCCCGCCCCAUCUGAACCUCAUCAUCAUCAGCAAGCUGUCGACCCCGCCGAAGACUCAGCCAUCAAGCUCGAAGCACGUGAACUGCUCCGCUACUCUGCUUUACCCAUGGCCAUCACCUCCCGCGCCCGCCAAGUUCUCUACGCUCGGAUCCGCACGCAGCGCGCUCAGGAGGCGUACGCUGACGCGCUGGAUAUGCGGGCUAGUUACAAGGAAGAAAGGCGGAUGUGGGAGUUACUUGAGCGGGAGCCGCCUGAGGGUUUAAAAAAGGUGCUGACUAAGGGUGAGAUACCCGACGAGCCGGUGGCUACAGGGCGGUGGACGGGGGUUGACGAGCUGUUGGGGACGAGAGGGGUGGAGGUGGGGAGUUGGAGGGAGAAAGUUGCUGAAGGAGGAUGUAGUGAGUGGGAGGUUGAGUGGCUGAUGAGGCAUUUGGAGGAUAAGGAUAACAAUGAGCGGGAGAGUGGGAAAUGA